UCGAACAGCGUCCGGCGGCUGGACUGGCAGGAAAUGGCCAAACUGGAGAUAUUUCUGCUCUCUGUGCUGCUGGUUCAAGGUAUCAGUGAACCUGAUUUCUAUCACACAGUUGGAGAUGAAGUUGUUUUACCUUGUGAUGGUCCAUCUUCUUCAUCGUGCCGCAGUGUUAUAUGGCUUUAUAACGACAUUGUUGACAGUUCAACUAAACCCAAAGUCACAAAUGGAAAUAUCAACCAGAAGUCAGUUAAUGCUGCCAGGCUGAGUUUGGACACUAAAUGCUCUCUGAUCAUAAAGAGCAUCAUUCCUGAGGAUGCUGGACGUUACACCUGCCGGGGGAAAGGGAGCAAGGACAGCCUGGUGCAUCUGAAUAUUUUAUCCAUCUCUCCAUCUCCACCUGCUGGUGAUGCAACAAAGGAUGAAAAUAUAAAUCUACAAUGUUCUCUGUGGAGAUUUUUAACGACCAUAUGUUCAGAUAUCAGACUCGUCUGGGUGAAUGACACAGGAAGUGAACUAGUUGGUGAAGAUGUCACCGUCCAGAAGAGCAGUUCACAUAUUCGGUGUGUUUCCUCUCUGACUGUGAAGCCUGUGGAUAACAGAUACACCUGCCAGUUCUUUGAGGGAAACAGAAUCAAGAUAGAAACUCAUUACCCACCCCCAUCUACUGAUCAGACUCAGACGGAUCCGAUGUACAUCAUUGGACCGGCGCUGGCAGUGGGGCUGCUGCUGCUGGCUGCCAUCGCUGCUGUUCUCAUCAACCACAGGAGGAGAACCAAACCGUCAGACGAGCCCAAGAACUCCACUUCAGACGUCAGAGAAGCAAACAAUCAAAUUCACCAAAAUGUGGAGUUGCCGUCCACGCUGACGUACGCAUCGAUCGGCCAUUUUACUCCAAGCUCCCCUCUCAGGGUCACAGUUCAACACGAUGCGGUCACUUAUUCUGCUGUGAAGCCCAAAACGGAGACGGACUUCGAUCCCGACGGUCUCUACAGCCGCGUCAGCGAACCAGAAUAAACCAGACAGGAUGACAUGAAUUAUCAUGACGUUGCAUUGCUAAGACUCUUAAAAGGAAGUGGUCAGUGUGUUUGUUCUUAAACGGCCAUGUACCGUAGUUCUAGUUUAUUAUUAAGGAAGUGCAACUAUGUUUUUUUUCUUUGCAUUUAAGAUUUCAUCACAACAGCUGCAUUUCUGCUCUUUAAGAAGAAGUAGCAGCUGUUAGGAAACUACUUAUGAAUCAAAUGAGGAGAUCAAUAAAAGCCAUUUAAUCCCAUCAUUUAGUGGGAGGAUGUGACUGCUUUAGACUGGAAUAUCCCAAACAAGACAUCAAAUUAGUGGUUAAAAUAUUUAGAUUGUUUCUGUGUGAUAUGCAAGAAACAUACCAAAUGUGGUUGCAAUUAAAAAAGGCAACUAUAAUGGUUGUUGUGAUUAGUUUGCUAGUUAGCUGAAGAUUUUUUGCCUCAGACUGAUAGAAUCUGCAGAUAUUUUGUGGAAGUGGUUUGGCAAUUUUCCCCACAAACAGAUUAUGUGGAAAGCAGAACGUUCUCACAUGGUUAUUACAAAAGAUGAAUCUGUCAUAAAGAAAGGGUUAACACCAAGUGUUAAUUAGCAUGUUAAUUAGCACAAUCAAAAACAGUUUAAUCGUAUUAAAGUUCUUAAAAAUGCUCUGCAUCUCUUCCCAGCAAAUGUGACAAACGUUUCUGAAUUUUUUUUAGACUUGGGAAGUUUUAGCCGAGUCUGCAUUAUGAGCUCAGUCAAGAUUUUGGACAAACUUCAUUCUUCAUGUUUUUUUAUAUUGUCUUUAACAAUAAGAGAUUCUCAGUUAUGUAACAAGAUACAUUUAUUUUAUACCUGUUUUUUUUUCUCUGUCUUAAUAAUAUUUUGAAUGAUUGUGAAUUCUGCAUCUUUAUUAUAAAAAAAGACAAUGCUUUAUUUAACUUUUCAGGGUUUUUACAGAAACUAUGUAAAAAUUGCCAAGGGAGGAGAUUUUAUGUUAUCUGUUUGUUCAAAUGAGGAAAUAAUUGAUUGAUUAGUAAAUAGAGUGGCUCUCAAUUCAUAAUAAACAUCAAUUAAUAAAAGAAAGAAGUAUUUAGUCUCUAAAUACUUCAAUAAACAAGCACAUUUUGAAAUAAUGCAACAUAAUGUUGACCUUUGAAAUGAUCGAAAGUCCAAAAUAAUUAAAGAAACAGUUUAAAGGUUGUGUUUUCUGCUAAUUGUGUCUCUUUCUAGAUCAAGGUCAUUAUUAGAGUAAUUGCUGCAUAAACUCAAUGAACAGUUUUGUUUUGUUUUCCAUUAAAAAUCCUUUCUGACCACCUGCUUCUGUCUCCUGUCUGCCCACUGAAGCCACAGUGGGUCAGUGCAGUUCAAAGGGUUUUGUUUCUUUCCACUGUCGCCACAUGCUUUCACACAACGAAGGAUGGAUGACAAUUUAAAGACAGGCAGGUUAUAAAGCUUCGUGAAUGAACUAACAUUAAGACUGAUUUCAGACUGACUGGCUUCUGCAUGAAUAGAGCUGAAUGAGUUUUUGUUGUAAAAUGAACUGAACCU